UUCAUAGGAGAGCUAGUGGCUCCCGAUGACUCCUCACGCUGUACGGGUCUGUCCGUAUGACGAACGUGGGGAGACACGUACAGUGCCAAUAUAUGUGAAGUCGCAUUCGAGUGCCGUUUUAGUCGCAACACAACGUCUGCAUUUAUCAGUUCUCGGACUUGCAAGUAGCAGCCGAUUCUUUUGCGACAUUUUCGUAACCGGCGUUUGUGUAUUAACGCAGUGGUUCGCUGGUGCCAUUUAUAGGUCGCAUUAAUUCCCGAGUUGCAAGACGAGGCAAUAUCACGAAAAAUGAUAACGAUUGAAUUCCAACUCGUUAUCACUGUUCUGAGCCUACUGCUCGGAGGUUUCCUCCUUACCGGAGGUCGCCGAAAAAUUCUUUUCGUGGUCUGGAAAACGCUGCCCAGAGAUAUUCUGGGUGCUUAUCGGUUUUUUCGACUUAGAAUACUUCUUUGGUGGUGGGAGAAACGUGAAUAUACCGUUGCAAAGAUUUUUUCAAACUAUGCAGCAACUCAUCCGCAAAAAAUUGCUUACAUUUUUGAGGAUAAAGAAUGGACAUACGAACAGUUGGAACACUUCAGCAAUCGUCUGGGACGUUACUUUCGCACUAAAUCGUAUUCUCACUCGGAUAGCAUGGCUAUACUGAUGGAGAAUUGUCCUGAAUAUGUCGGUACUUGGUUGGGUCUGAGCAAAGCCGGUUUUGUAGGAGCAUUGAUCAAUACGAAUCUCCGUCAUGAUGUGCUUUUACAUAGCAUCAACGCUGCUAAUUGCAAAGCUAUCAUUUUCGGAUCGGAAUUUAAAGAUGCGAUUCGUGACAUCAAGGAUAAAAUACCUAACAUCGAGCUUUUCCAAUGGUCGGAACGGCCGGAUACACCGAUUUUGGAAGAGGCAAUCGAUCUUAACACAGAAAUCAGCAGCAUUGAUUCUGGACCCCUCAUUGUCCAACUUGACCAUAGCGGCCCCCGGUCUAAAUUCCUUUACAUUUAUACAUCUGGCACAACAGGAAUGCCAAAGGCCGCCGUUAUCAAUAAUUUGAGAUACAUGUUUAUAACAUGUGGCAUGAACAUAAUGGUUAAUAUACGCUCGGAUGAUCGAAUUUACGACCCUCUGCCUCUUUAUCACACCGCAGGUGGCAUACUUGGAGCAGGUCAGGCACUCCUGCUUGGAGUCACCGUCGUGCUUCGUAGACGAUUCAGUGUAUCCAAGUUUUGGUCAGAUUGCGUCCAUUACGAAUGCACUGUAGCACAAUAUAUCGGAGAGAUCUGCCGUUUUCUUCUCACGGUUCCGCCAAGUCAGUACGAUACGACGCAUAAAGUGCGCCUAAUGUACGGGAAUGGUCUGAGACCACAAAUUUGGAAAUCUUUCGUGAAGAGAUUCGGCGUGAAACAAAUAGGCGAAAUUUACGGGGCCACCGAAGGCAACUCAAAUCUCGUCAACCUUGAUAAUAAAAUCGGUGCUGUGGGCUUUAUACCGAGAUACGCUUCGUGGCUGUAUCCGGUUGCAUUGCUAAAAAUUGAUGAAGAAACAGCAAAGCCCUUGAGAGGGCCAGAUGGACUUUGCAUACCUUGUAAACCUGGUGAGUCUGGUAUUUUUGUGGGUAAAAUUAAUCCAACUAAAGCGUGGAACGACUUUAGCGGCUACGCGGAUGAAAAAGAAUCAGACAAGAAGAUUAUAUACGAUGUCUUUGCGAAAGGCGAUCGUGUCUUCAAUUCUGGUGAUAUUUUAAUUAUGGACAAAUUUGGAUACUUUUAUUUCAAAGAUAGAACCGGUGAUACGUUUAGGUGGCGAGGUGAAAAUGUUUCUACUUCGGAAGUGGAAGCUGUCAUCAAUAAUAUAAUGAACUUUAAAAAUGCAACUGUAUAUGGUGUCGAGAUACCCGGGAUCGAAGGUAGAGCGGGAAUGGUGGCUAUAUACGACCCAAAUAAUUCAUUAGAUUUCAAACGAUUGGAAGAAAAGUUGAAGCAAGCUUUGCCAACAUACGCCAGACCUCUUUUUAUUCGUAUCUUGUCAGAACUGCCGAUGACCGGAACGUUCAAAGUGAAAAAGAAGGAUCUCCAGCAGGAAGCUUUUGACAUUAAAAAGGUUAAAGAUCCGAUCUAUUUUCUCGACAAGAAUAUCUAUAUAAAAAUGACUGAUAAACAUUACAACGAUAUUAUCGAAGGAAAAUUUCGAUUAUAAAUCUUUACUGCAAAGAAGGUUUUUUAAUGCAAAAUAGAACUUAUGUUAAAUUUUCAGCUUUGGAACUUUAGUUUUUUAGUUAAAUUUUAGUUAGAUCAUAUUCCGUGGUCAUUAUUUUAAAAAUCAAAAUUAACUAUUAUACGUCUUCCUCUGCAAAUUCCGUAUACAGAAAAUUACAUUUGUGUAUUGUUUCGAAGAAAACGUUUAAUAUUUUUCUUCCAUACGAUAGUUACAACUAAUACUUUAUAGCUUAUAAAGUAUUUGUGUCGCGAAUUAUGAGGAUGAAAAUGUUUCCAGUGUAUAUUGUGAAAAUAGCAAAAUGUAUUACAAAUGUACACAAAUAUUGUACUAAAUUGUUAAAAGCAUAAGAGUAUUUUCGAAAGUUCGAUAUGUUUUGUAAAGUUACGUUUUUGAAUUAUAUACAUGUUAUAUUUUUUAUAAUAUAGAAACGAGUUUUAAUCGCGCUUUAUCUUUUCGCAUUUGUAAAUUCUUAAUAAAAAUUAAUUACAUAAAUCUCUUACAACAAAUUGUAAAAA